AUGCCGUCAUUCACUCGGCGGGGUUCGGCAUGGGGCGGCCCCGGGCCGGCGCGCGACGCCGCGAACGACGACGGGACGACGCGGUCGAGGAAACGCGCGGCGAUCGCGUCGACGUCCGCGCCGCCGCUCUUCGUCGGCGUCGACGCGGUGACGUGCGCGCGAAAUGGAUGCGUGCCGUGCCGACGGAUCGUCUUCGCGUGCGCGGGGGAGACGACGGCGGCGAACGCGCGGCCGGAGGCGUGCCCGCGAUGGAACGCGACGGGCGUCGAGGGCGGCAAGCGCGUGGGGCUGUACGCGCGACGGCGCGGACGCGUGCUCACGGUUGGGGAUGGGGAUUUUACGUUUUCGGCGGCGCUCGCGCGGACGCUGGGAGGGAAGACGAUCGCGGCGACGUCGUACGAGAGCGAGGCGUCGUUGAUGGAGAUAUAUGGGAAGACGUGUUUGGAAACGCUGCGGGGGUUGAAAGAGCGGGGGGUGGAGGUGGCGCACGGCGUCGACGCGAGCGAGCUGGCGAAGACGCUUCCGGAGCGAUGUCGGAAGCUCGGACCGUUCGACGCGGUGGUGUGGAACUUUCCGUGCGUCGCGCGAGACGCGGAUGGAACCGCGCAGGAGGCGGCGCUGCACGGGGUGGACGCGCGGAGCGCGGAGGAACUCGAGGCGAAUAGAGCGCUCGUGGAGCGCUUUGUCGCCGGCGCCGCAGAGUUGCUCGCCGAGGACGGAGGGGAGAUUCACAUCACGCACAAGGUUGGGAUGCAGGGCGAUUGGAACAUCGAGAAGGCGGCCGCUUCGGUCGGAGCGUCCGGUCUCGUUUGUGCGGGUGCGGUUGUUUUUGAUCGAAUGGCGUACCCGGGGUACCGUCCGCGGAAAGCACUUGUGGCGAAGAGCUUUCCCGUCACGGACGCUCGCACUUUCGUCUUCACGAACUCGACAAACGGGGAGUCGGUGACACUGCAGAGAAAGUCAAAGCACGUGAUCAAAGUUUGUUGA